GAUGCUGGUAAUCUAGUGGUGAGUCUACCAAGAGAUGAGCUGAUCAGUUUCUUAUUUAAAGGAGACACAAUCUUGGAUCACGACCGUUUGAACAUAUUGGAACUCGGCACAGGUAUUGGUGUGGUCUCCAUCAAGAUGAGCAAACACUUCCCCAAUUCCAAGGUGUGUGCCACUGAUCUUGACGACGCCAGAGAGAUUUGUCAGAUGAACAUCGAUCUCAACGGAUGUGAUAACUGUUCAUUCGAGGAGCUCGACUGGGAAGUUGAAGAGCAAAAUGGGGUAAAGUGGGACGUCAUCAUCGUUACUGACUGCACAUACAACCCAUUGUACUACGAUGCACUACUCCAUGUCUUACAGAGGGAAAGCUCAUCCCAUACCGUUGUCCUGAUAGCACACAAGUUCAGAGAGCCAUUAUCAGAGAGUGAAUUCUUCACCAAGUGUAUGGCCAAUUUCACACUGCAAAGACAACGUUGGUACUCAGACUCGUCAACGUUGAUCCACAUGGGUCUGUAUAGGUGUCAGAAGUGAUAACGGUGCCCGCAAUCACCAUCAUGGGUGCUUCCUCCUACAUCCAAAGAGGUGGUUGGUAUGGGGAAUGUUGGACGAGACAUGUCUCGUACGACACUUGAUUGGACAAAUGGUUUGUACCUACAUCCCAGUUGGAACGGCUCCCACGCGUACUGUGAGCCGUCGUUUUUCAAUACAUACAAUUGGACACAUUUGUAGGAACCGAAACAGCACACAAAGAGCCCUUGUUCAGUGGCGAUGGACAUGAUGGUGAAAUAGCCAUUGAUCGAGGUAACCAAAAGCAUCUGUCCAACUGUCCAUGGUCCCAAGCUGUGUCUGUCUGUCCGUCUGGGGUUUUGAGUUUGUCUGCUUUUUUUUAGUCUUGUCCACCGGGCGCGAUUUAGUACACCUUUGUCCCAAAUUCCACGCCAAAGAGACACACAGACAAACGAGACAAAAAAAUAAGGCCAUCG